AUGCUCGACGAGUAUAAAAGCCGGAAAGUGGACGACAACUGGUAUCCUGUUACCUUAGAUGAAGUAAAGGCCUACUGUGCACUACAUAUUUUGAUGAGUCAACUAAAAAAAUCAAAUGUCCAACUGUAUUGGACUACAAGAGCAGCAGUAGUAGAAACGCCAAUAUUUAGAAAAACAAUGCCUUUAAAGAGAUUCCGGCAGAUUUCGAGAUUUUUACAUUUUUUGCAUAAUGAAACUGCUGAUGGUAGUGACCGACUUCGAAAGGUAAGACCUAUCAUCAACCUGUGGAAUGAAAAAUUUAAAGAAAUUUACACACCCAAUGAAUAUGUCAGCAUAGACGAAUCCUUGAUGAAAUAUAAAGGACGUUUAGCAUACAAACAAUUCAAUCCGUCGAAAAGAACUCGAUUUGGAUUAAAAAUUUACAAAUUGUGCGAGGCAAGUACCGGUUUCUGUCAUGGAUUUAAAAUAUAUACCGGUCAGGACAAAAUUGAUUCAAAUGACAGUGCGUCGGAGAACGUUGUGACGGAGUUGUCAAAAUCUAUAAUAAACAAGGGAUAUACUUUGUUUCUGAACAACUGGUACUCUUCACCCGACCUAUUUUUAAAAUUACACAAGAAAAAGACAAAUGUUAUCGGGACGGUACGCAAGAAUAGGAAAAAUGUGCAUGUUGCAAUAAUUUGGUAG